AAUAUAUCAUCUAAUUCUUCUGAUUUGACUAAUUCUCGUGGUCGAACGAAGAGUGUUGUCAAUAAACCUAUAAAACCACCAUCACCUGUGGUUAAUGGACUCGUUAGAUCAAGAAGAUCUUUUUCAACAAAUAAAGUAUCGGAUAAGUUACUACAAGAAAUUUUAUACGACCGACGACCUAAUUCUACUUCAAAAUUUGAGACACAUGAACCUUACACUACGAUUAAUUCUCAUACUGGUAGAAAAUUCGAAGUUGAAUGGAGUUCUUCCUCUGAACCUGCCUCGUCAUCUCCUUCAUCUACUACGAGUAGUGGAAUUAGUUUAGCUUCGAGUCCUAAUAGCAGUUUAUAUUCAUUACAAGGCGCAUUAACUCGAAGCAGUACUUUGAGCAGUAAAUGUGGUCGUAAAUUUGAAGUCACUGUUAUUUCUUGUAAUAAUAAUGAAUAG